CCUUCAUUCAUUCACUGCCCUCCUCCUCCAACCCCGUGUUCGCUUCAUUUAUUCAUUCAUUCAUUUCCCCGGCGUUAGGCUCUAGAGUGCCAGUUAGUCCUCACUCUUCAAUGCGCAGGCUCAGAAUAGGGAGGAGGAGAAGAAUCUUCCAAUCACCGGCCGCAAUUAGGGCUCCUCCACCACUCACCCCGCUUCCCCAUGAAUGAACAUUGACGUCAAUCGGGCGGAGAAGACCCCCCCAUGUGAUCUACUGGCUCCUCUUUAUAAAGAGGCGGGGCGGGCGCUGUCCAGCGUGCUGAAGCUUGGGGGAGCAAGCUAGCGAGAGAGACGGAGAAUCGACCGCGCGAAGAGAGACCAGCUGGAAACUGACCGAGGCGACAGUCGAACGCAGCUCAGGGAUCGAAACCCGGAGCAUCUCCUACCUCAAAAUCCCGACCCUUCCCAUUCCUCGAAUCCUAGCUGAGUGGAAAUCAUUCUUUUCCCAGUCUCAGCCAUGAGAUUCCCACAGCUGCCCGCUGCCGCCCUCUUCUGCCUCUUGCUACUGAUGGACAGUCUUCAAGCAGCGCCCCCGGGACGCCCAGAGCAGUCGCUGUCGUUUCCCAUAUCUGAACACGAAAACUUGUCAGCUGCAGAAAGGAAGCCAGAGGAAAGAGAAAGCCUAGAUCCAGAGACAAGGGAGCAGAGAAGCCCAAAACAUGAGUCUGAGGAAGAGGAAGAUCUAUUCCAGGGGGUAGAUCCACGGGCACUGGCCGCGGUCUUGUUACAAGCGCUGGAUCAUUCUGCCUCGCCCCCGGCUCCAGGGGUCUUGCAGCAGCCGCGGCCGCCGCAUCAGCAGCAGCAGCAGCAAGCAGAGGAUUUGCUAACAGAAACUGUGCGUAGCCAGACUCACAGCCGCCCGGCCCCAGAAAUAGGGGUACCCCCGACGCUUUCUCGUAACUCAGAGGAGCGCAGCUCGGAGAGUUCGGAUCCUUCUGAGGAACUGGAGGCACUUGAAUCCCUGCUCCAGGAAUUACGCUCUUUCAGUCCAGGGAAUGCUAAGCGAGAGCCAGAGGCUGCUGCAGCUGAGGCGGAGACACAUACCCACACAUUAACCCGAGUCAACCUGGAGAGUCCAGGACCUGAGCGCGUAUGGAGGGCUUCUUGGGGAGAGUUUCAGGCGCGUGUCCCUCACCCACCCCCAUUUCCUCACCGCUUUCAGGAGCAAUUGCUUGAGGGUGUUUCUCUUCCUGAGGUGGGACAGGGUGAGAGUGAGCCUGUUCUAAAAACACGCCAGGGAGAAAAUAUCGCUUCUCUCUAUAAGGUGCGCCAGAUUGAGAAUGCACCUUUCUCCAAAAUGCGCCGCCCAGAAAGCGCAGCCAUGAAUAGGCUUCCAGGUGGAGGGCGCCUCCUACAGCGGGGUCUGGCCCAGGUAGAGGCAGGUAGGCGGCAGGCUGAGGCUACACGACAGGCGGCAGCCCAAGAGGAAAGAUUGGCUGAUCUUGCCUCUGAUUUGCUGCUUCAGUACCUGCUGCAAGGCGGCGGUGGCCUGGAGCGAGGUGUGGGGGACCGCGCUCUUCAGGGGGAAGGGGAGGAGGAGAGAGAAAGGGAGAGGGAGGAGGAGGAAGAAGAGGGUGAGAUACGAGGUGGGGAGGAGGAUGAGCAGGGAGAUGAAGACGCUGAGACAGAGGCUGAGGAGGUCGAAAGGGGGCGGCAGAAUGCAUUACUAUUUGCAGAGGAGGAGGAAGGGGAAGCUGGGGCUGAGGACAAGCGCUCCCAAGAGGAGACACCAGGUCAAAAGAGAAAGGGGCAGGUAGAAGAAGGGGAAGAAGAUGAGGAAGAGAUGGACCCGCAGACAAUUGACAGCUUAAUUGAGCUAUCUACUAAACUGCACCUGCCAGCAGACGACGUGGUCAGCAUCAUUGAGGAGGUGGAGGAGAAACGUAAGCGGAAGAAGAAUGCCCCUCCUGAGCCCCUACCUCCCCCUCGAAGCCCCCUUGCGCCUACUCAUUUUCGCUCCCCAAAGUCCCCUCCACCCCCAUCUUUCCCCGCCCAGGAUGAGAUGCAGGAUUGGAAUGAGGUGAUCCCGCCCUGGGAUCGGGAUGAGGUGUUGCCCCCGGAGCCCAAUUACCCUUUUCCUAACUAUAUCCAACCCCGGACACUCCUUCCACCUUUCUCAUCCCCAACCCGCCACCACUACUACCACGCACAGCCCGCAGAGGGGUCGCGGUAUCACUUCGGCCUUAGCCCACAAGGGCGUCGGGGCGAAGAGGAAGAAGAGAAGCAGCAGCAGGAGGAGGAGGAGCUGGAGAAUUAUAUUGAGCACGUGCUGCUCAGACGCCCCAGCCUGUUCCCGUGACUCCGAUUUCCAUACGUGACGGUCUCUUCCCCUAUGCGAACCUCCCUAAGCCUCCCUCUGAUGUUGCUGUUUAGUGUUGUGCAUGCAGUUCCCUACCUUUUUUUGCGGGGUGGGGGAAGUCCCACCCCUCGUCCCAGCUAACUUGGUCUCACCCAAUAUACCCCCUUCCCUUUAACUAUCUUCGGUGGGAGACAAGUACCCCACACUUGUAGUAGAAUCAAUGAGGCUAACAGUGGGGGAGAAAAUACCAAGAAAUCGUAAAAGGAAAGGAGCACGAGUCUUCAAACUCGAGAGUAUGGAAAACUCCCCGGUGUCCUUUUAACUCCAGCCACAAGUGAUGUAUCAAAGGAGCAACUGAAACUGGACUGUACAGAUUAGUUCUACACUCGUCUCCCCCUCGGGUCCCCGGUCCCUUUCCCUAAGCCACCCUAUUCCUCUUCCAAUUUUCCCAACGGUGAAUAAUAAUAAAAAGCAAAAAACAAAAAAGCAAAAAAGCAAAAAAAAAAAAAAAAUACCAGUUGUGUAUGCUGUGAAUCGCAGCCGCCCCAGACCCCAGGGUUUUCCUAGGACCUCGAUCCACUCUGCCCAAACUGAGACAACUCAACCUCUUUCUUCCCUUCUCUGCUGUAAAUACUCCUCAUGGGGAAAAUAGUUUUGCUAAGAAAUAAAAGUGACUAUUUUAUUAGGA